CUGGGCGGGCUACAGAGCAGUUUUGUGUUCCUGUUUGUACAGACUGCGGAUCCUGACAUUGAUACUGAACAAAAUUGAGACAUAAUGUUGCGGGCACUGUGCUGUCUCAUACUUCUACAGUUUCCUCAGUUUGAGGCAUUUGAUGUUAUUUGUGACCAGGAUGUGGUUACAGCAGUUGGCAAAGAUGUCACUCUCAAAUGUACCUUUGGCAAAGGUGACAGUAACCCGACAGUGAUCUGGGAGAAGGUAGGUGAAGAACAAAGUGUCCAUGAAUACAGGAAUGAUGCGGAUGACUUCAGUGAACAACACAGGAACUACACCAAGAGAACUGCACUUGGAGGUAGCAGGGUCAAGGGAGGAGAUGCAUCUCUUACUCUGAAGAAUGUUAAUGUUUGGGAUGAAGGAAGGUACAAGUGCAGCGUCAACAUCAUCGAUGGAUUCGGCGAUGCAACAGUUGUGCUGUCUGUUUGGGCAAGAGGUUCUGGAAAUGUUGGUAUCGUCUGGAAAUCAAAUGGGGAUAAUGGUGAUGUGCUGACUUGCCAAUCUUCGGGCUUAUACCCUGCACCAGAGAUUAAAUGGGAAGACAAACAUGGGAAAAAUUUGAAUGAAGUUAGUGAAACAAAUUUGACCAGAGACAAAAAUGGAUUAUAUUCUGUGGACCAUUAUCUGAAACAAAACCAUGACUCCAAAAAUCAGUAUAUCUGCUCUGUAUGGCACAAGUACAUGGGUAAACCUCAGCGUGCUCGAGUCGCAUUCACAGAUGGGAAUUCCAUGAUUCGUUUGGAUGAUGGAGAACCUUCUCUCGAUUUAUAAGUCAAAAGUGAUGUUACCAUUGAGGUCUUCAAAUACUUUCUCUGAACAAUUCUUCUCUUCUUAUAUGGAUUGCAAAGCUUUUCAGACACAAGAUGUGCAGCACUAGUUCGCAGUGGACACAAUUACCUAAUAUAAACAAAAAACAUAAGAACUAGGAGCAGGAAUAUGCAAUUCAUCCCUUUGAGCCUGCUCAGCCAUUUAAUAUGAUCAUUGCUGAUCUCAUCUCAGUCUUAACCUUUUUGCCUACUUCCCGUAAUCCUUUAACCCAUUACUAAUUUAAAAUCGGUCUGUCUGCUCCUUCCAUUUAUUCGGUGUCCUGACAUCCACUGCACGCUGGAGUAAAGCUGAGAUGAGGAGAAACAGAUUUCUCUCAGAUGGUUGUGAAUCUGCGGAAGUGACUGCCCCAGAGUGCAGUGGAAACUGAACCAAUCAACAGAUUGAAGAAAGAGAUUGAUAUUUUUGAUGAAAAACCUAAUAAAGGGCUAUGGGGAGCAGACAGGAAAGUGGAACUGAGACCAGGAUAGGAUCAGCCACAACCACAUUAAAUGGUGAAGUGGACUCAAAAGGCUGAAUUACUUUCUGCUGCUCUUAAUUCCUCUAUAUGUUCCCAUGUAUAUCCGUAUGUAUGCUCUCACGUAAUGAGUUCCUUUGACUGAAGUAAUUCCUCCUCACCUUUAUUCUAAAUCUGCCACCCCUUAACCUAAAGUGAUGACCUUUUGUUCUAGAUUGUUCUCGCAUGGGAAACAUGCACUCAGCCUCUAUUUUAUCAAACCCCUUUUGCAUCUUAUACGCCUCGACCAGUUCUCCUUUCGUCCUUCUGAACUCUAGCAGGUAUAGCCUAAACUGCUCCAUCUUUCCUUGUAGGACAAGCCUUUCAUCUCUGGAACUGAUCUAGUGAACCUUCUCUGAACUACUUCCAAUGCAAUUUUCAGCAAUUUUCUGAUAGUUUAUUGUAUUUGCCAAGAAGCAGCAGUUUAGAAAUGCUGCCAGUAGUGAAUUAGGCAAAGAACAAAAUUAGGUGGCGCUGUGGUUAGCCCUCCUGCUUCACAGCGUCCGGGACCUGGUUUUGGUUUUGUGGAGUUUGCACAUUUUCCCUGCGUCUGUAUGGAUUUCUGCUGAGUGCUCUGAUUUCAUCCCGCAAUCCAAAGAUAUUCAGCUGGAGUGAAUUUGCUAUAUUAAAUUGCACUGUAGUGUUUAGGGCUAUGCAGGUUCAGUAGGUUAGCCAUGGUAAAUGUGGGAUUAUGGGGAUAGGGAGGGGUGUUGGAUCUUUUCUUGGGAAUGUUUCAAGUUUUUAUUGUACUUGUUGGUAAUUGUAUCGAUAAGCCAAGUCAAAACUAUAAUAUGGACAGAAUAUUAUCAUCGGGCAGAACAAUUUCAUUUUUGUUCAUGUAUGUUUUGGCCACAUCUGGAGUAUUGUGUUCGGUUCUGGUCACUUCACUACAGGAAAGAUGUGGAAGCGUUCAAAAAGGUGCAAAGGAGAUUUAUCAGGAUGUUGCCUGGAAUGGAGGGAAGGUCUUAUGAGAUAAGGCUGAGAGAGCUAGGGCUUUUUUCUUUAGAAUGACGAAGGAUGGGAGGUGACUUGAUAGAGGUGUACAAAAUGAUCAGAGGUAUGGAUAGAGUGGAUAACCAGAGACUUUUUCCUAGGGUGGAGGUAGCUAUUACGAGGGGCAUAGUUUUAAAGCGAGUGGGGGUGGGGUGGAUAUCGGGGAGAUGUCAAGAGGUAGUUUCUUUGCUCAGAGAGUGGUAGGAGCAUGGAAUGCAUUGCCGGAGAGGGUAGUGGAGUCAGUCUCAUUAGGGGCAUUUAAGCGACUAUUAGAUAGGCGUAUGGAUGAUCGUAUAAGGUAGGGGUGGAAUAGGCCAGGAACUGGAGCAGCACUUUUUGUGACAGAAUUCAUUUGGAGUACACUGACCUCAAGAGCGACAUUCCCUACUUCAUGUUCCUUUCAUAUAAGACUCUGCAUUUUAACUUCGUGUCAGAUUAUUUGGAUGUGGUUUGCUUUUUUUUUAACCUUUGUGAUUAUAUUUUUAUGAAUCAAACUGCAUUUUGCUUGAAAUGAAAUAAAGUUCAAAUAUUAGUUGAA